UGGAGUCGUGCGGUGGUGUUAGGCCUGGUCCACGCAGUUGGUCCAAAGAAGCCCAUAGUUGAGGCCCAAUAAGAAUGGAUUGGAUCGAAAUUAGUGUGUAGGGUUGGUCCAAAGAAGCCCAUAAUUGGGCCCAAUAAUAAUGUGGAUUGGUUCGAAAUUAGUGUUCAGAGUUGGUCCAAAGGAGCCCAUAGCGGAGGCCCAAUAAUAAUAUGGAUUGGAUCGAAAUUAGUGUGCAGAGUUGGUCCAUCGAAGCCCAUAGUCGAGGCCCAAUAAGACUAUGGAUUGGAUCGAAAUUAAUGUGUAGAGUUGGUCCAAAGAAGCCCAUAGUUGAGGCCCAAUAAAACUAUGGAUUGGGUCGAAAUCCGUGGAGAAGGUGGUAGAAGCUUACAGAAAACCCAGGAAAGGAAGAGGAGAAGAUACUAGAAAAGCCCCCGAAACCACUGCCAUGUUCUGUUGCUUCCUAUUUAAAUGCCUUUCAUCCCAGAGGUGGAAGAGCAUCGACAAACCACAGCAAAGCAAACGAAACUCCGAUUCUAUCAAAUCUUAAAUAUCAGUUUCAGCAACUCUAUCUACUAAUUCACCAAUAACAAUGUCGCUGAUUCCAACCAUUUUCGGUGGCCGCCGGAGCAACGCCUUCGAUCCCUUCUCCUUAAACGUUUGGGACCCUUUCGAAGGCUUCCCAUUUUCAAGGUCACUGGCCAAUGUGCCUUCCUCUGCUGCUGGUGAGACCUCUGCUUUCGCCUACACCCACAUCGACUGGAAGGAGACCCCAGAAGCCCACAUCUUCAAGGCGGAUCUUCCCGGGAUCAAAAAAGAAGAGGUCAAAGUCGAAGUUGAAGAGGGCGGAGUUCUGCAGAUCAGCGGAGAGAGAAGGAAAGAAGAGGAGGAGAAGAACGAAAAAUGGCAUAGAAUUGAACGAAGCAGUGGGAAGUUCAUGAGGAGAUUCAGGCUGCCGGAGAACGCAAAAGUGAAUGAGGUAAAGGCCGGCAUGGAGAAUGGGGUGCUGACGGUGACGGUGCCUAAGAUGGAAGUGAAGAAGCCGGAGAUCAAGACCAUUGACAUUGGAAGGUCAUAAAAACAGAGCGAUCGGUCUGGUCGUAUACUGAACACAGUGUAGCACAUUUAGUCGUUGAUGUAUAAGAUACGAAUAUCUAGUUUACUUGAACUGAUUAAUGUAUCGGUUAAUUCACAUCUACUCGUCUACGAAUAUCUAAUUCAUAAAAGCUCUAACAAUC